CACCAGGCGGCUACGCGUCUAUGGUCUGUCUUGUUGUCCAAUCCAUUCUUUUUCUCUCUUUCUCUCUCUCCUUCCUAUUUGUGUUUCUUCCUUUCGGUCAGAGUCAACAACAGCAUAACAAUCCUUCCCUACUUUCCCGAGUAUAUUGAAUUGAAAACUCUUCCCGCAACUCAAAUUGAAAAAGAAAAAGGAAAAAACAUAACCCCAUUGCUUUGUUUUCCAUUAUUGGUGCCAAAGUUUCAAGCUUUUUGUGCUUCCUCUGCUUCCCCAGGGUAAGAAUCUGCUUUCCCUUUCGAGUUUACAGCGAUUUGAUUCUGGCCCCUUUGUGAUUUUAUCCUAAUCAGAGAACUUUUCUCUACUGGGUGGUUUGAUUAUAGGUUUUGGUGGGGGAAAUGAUGGGAAGUUAGGGCCUGGAUCUGGAAUUUUUCAUCAUUUCUAUCGAAAAAUUGUUCCUUUAUUAUGCAUAUUUGGUUAAAAGUUUCGUUUGAGCUUGUUUGGUCAUCUGGGUAGGUGUCUGUGUGUCGUCUCACACCCAGGCAGCCGUAAUUGUACAAAUCCCAUGGCUGUCUUGUGAAAAAUUGUAGAAAUUAGGGUUCUGGCUUAGGUCAAAGCCUCAAGCUUUUCUUUGUUUGUUACAUUCCCUCAAUCAACAUUGAAAAUGUCAUCUGCUGGUGUCACCACUCUUAGCCCUGUUCCCAGGGAGCUAUUGUUGUCCCCAGAUGGAUACUAUACCCCAUUGCACUUGUCAUUGGAUCGAGAGUUUAUUUUCAUAUAUCUGUCCUAUUUUGGAUCUUUGACUCCAAUGCGAGUUCUUCCCUGCGAUACCAUUGAGUCCGUGAAACUCAAAAUCCAGAAGUCUGAGGGGCUUCCUUCAUUGACAAACAAACAAAAGUUGGUCUGUGAUGGGCGGGAACUAGCACGGAGCAAUUCCCUGCUGAAAGAAUAUGGGGUUACGGAAGGAAAUGUUUUGCAUUUGGUGAUUAGGCUGUCGGAUCUCCAGACCAUCAGUGUGAGAACUUCUUCCGGGAAGGACUUUACUUUUCAGGUGGAGAGAUGCAGAGAUGUCGGGUACAUUAAGCAACAGAUUGGGAAAAAGGAGAAGUGCUUUGCUGAUCCUGAACAGCAGGAAGUUAUGUGUAAUGGCAAGCUGCUUGAGGAUCAGAUGCUUAUUGAUGAUAUCUGCAGUAAAUAUAACGAUGCAGUGAUUCAUCUUUUUGUUAGAGUGAAAUAUGCAGAAGUUAGGACGGGACAAGAUGAGUUGUCCGUCGUGGCAAAGGAGUUGAAUGAUACAAAAGAUUAUGAAACUAAUUGUAGGAGAAAAUAUGAUAUUAGUAAAGAAGAUACAAGAAGGGAGUAUGGAGUCGUUGAGCCAAUUAUGCCAAGGAAGGCUCUUGAUAGGGAUCUUCUUUUGGAGCCGGUUAUUGUUAACAAAAAAAUUGAAUUAGCUUCUGAGAUUUGGAAUAUGAUAAACUCUACAUAUGAAGGGCUAGACAUUGGAAAUUAUCCAAUCAGAUCUGCAGAGGGUACAGGGGGUGCUUACUUUAUGCUUGAUUCAACCGGGCAAAAGUAUAUAUCUGUUUUUAAGCCCAUUGAUGAAGAGCCAAUGGCUGUGAAUAACCCUAGGGGUUUACCUUUCUCAGAAGACGGUGAAGGCUUAAAGAAGGGAACAACAGUUGGUCAGGGAGCAUUCAGGGAAGUUGCAGCUUAUAUUUUGGAUCACCCAAUGAGUGGUCGCCGAUCAUUAUUUGGUGAUGAGAAGGGUUUUGCCGGGGUUCCCCCGACAGUUAUGGUUAAGUGCUUGCAUAAAGGAUUUAACCAUCCCGGGGAGUUGACUACUAAGAUUGGCUCCUUGCAAAUGUUCAUAGAGAAUAAUGGAAGCUGCGAGGAUAUGGGCCCUGGGGCUUUCCCAGUGAAGGAAGUGCAUAAAAUUUCAGUAGUGGACAUGCGACUCGCAAACGCAGAUAGACAUGCUGGGAAUAUUUUGAUCGGCAAAGUGGAGGAAAAUGGCCAGGCUGUUUUGAUUCCAAUUGAUCAUGGAUACUGCUUGCCCAAAAGUUUUGAGGAUUGUACCUUCGAAUGGCUUUAUUGGCCUCAAGCUCGCCAGCCAUACUCUCCAGAGAUCAUUGACUAUAUAAAGUCACUGGAUGCUGAUGAAGAUAUUGCCCUUUUGAAGUUUCAUGGAUGGGAUCUGCCAGUUGAAUGCGCGCGCACUCUUCAAAUCUCAACCAUGCUUCUGAAGAAAGGAGUGAAGAGAGGGAUGACCCCCUUUGCCAUUGGAAGCCUUAUGUGCAGGGAAUCCUUGAACAAGGAGUCUGUGAUUGAGGGAAUUGUAAAGGCAGCUCUGGAUUCUGUUCUUCCUUGCACAAGUGAAGCCACAUUUCUGGAUACUGUUUCCGAAAUCAUGGACCAGCACCUUGAUGAGAUCACGGGUUCCAUUUCUUAAUUUAUGUCAUAGAAGAUGGUAUAUAAAUGUCUGUAUAAUCGUGUUCCCAGUACAUAUUUAUAGCUCAAAUGGUUGUUUUUACAUUAUUUCACAGUAAUGACUUCCUAGGUCUUGACUCUAGUGUUUUCUAGCAUUUCACAAAUUCUUUCAUUAAGUUACCUUUACCUUUAACUCUGUAAUUGAAGACAAAAACCUUUUAUACCUUUUGAAUUAUAGCUUGAUGUUUCAAGUGUUUAAUUA